AUGUUGCCCACACUUCUGGCCAGUAUUGGCAUUUUCGCGGCCAUAGCUUUUGUGACAAUUAUUGCAUUUUAUGUCUACUAUAAGCAGAAGAAUAAGCGAACUCAGGAUCUAUUGGCACUCAUCCCGGGGCCAAAGGCUAAGUAUCCCCUUAUGGGCAAUAUAGACCUGUUUCGCCAUAAAGGGGUGCCUCUCAAUGAAUGUGUCUACAGAACAUUGGUCGCUCUGUGCAAGUUGUACGACAAGCACGGAAUGUUCAGGAUCGAUUUGGGCCCCAAAGCGUUGGUCGUAUUAUUCAAGCACAACACUAUGGAUGCAAUAUUUGCGAGUAACUCACAAAUAGACAAAUCUGAGCAAUACUUUUACAUAUUUGAUUGGUUGGGCGACGGCUUACUGUUGAGCACCGGUAAUAAGUGGAGAAAACGCAGGAAACUAUUGACUUCGGCCUUUCAUUUCCGCAUUUUGGACGACUUCAUACCCAUUAUGAACGAACAGUCGGAUGUGUUGGUCAACAAACUCAUGAAGGUUGACAAACACGGCUAUAUUGACAUCAGGGAACCCAUCACUCAGUGCACGCUUGAUAUUAUUUGCGGUAAGUUUGUGUUGUUGUGUUAAACACAUUAUGGUAAACAUAGUUAAUUAAGU